GCCAGCCGCACGCACACGAGCAGCGACCGCCCCACGCAGCGUCAGGGCAACUGCCCCCGCCGCUUCCCUCGUCUCCAACAGCGCAGGAAAAAGUAGGAAAAACACAAGAGACGCCUCCGCCCCCGCCUCAAACCAAGCCCCCUCCGGGCUCCGGCUCACCGGCUCCUCAAUCCUCGUCGCAUCCUCCCGGAGCGCAGCGCGCCCUCCCCUCCGGCGAUCCUAACGGCUUAUGGUAAGUGGUGAGUGAACCACCACUUAUGGUGCCAUAAUGGAUAGGAGUAAUAAGCAAAUCCAAUUCUCAUGGGGGAAGCGUAGAGCAAAGGGUGGCCUUAAGAUGGAUACACGGUUUUAUGAGUCCUUCACAUUGGAUAAUGUGAAAUAUUCACUGUAUGACUGUGUCUACUUGUUUAAGCAUGGGGAUCCUGAACCAUAUAUUGGAAAAAUAGUGAAGAUUUGGGAGCAAAAUCAGGCUAAGAAAGUAAAAAUUCUUUGGUUUUUCCUUCCUGAUGAGAUUCAGAAAUAUUUAAGAGGCUCUGUGAUGGAAAAGGAGAUCUUUCUUGCUUCUGGUGAUGGUAUUGGGCUUGCAGAUAUCAACCCACUGGAAGCUGUUGCUGGAAAAUGCACUGUUAUAUGCAUUUCAAAAGAUGAGAGAAAUCGGCAACCUUCCCCUCAGGAACAAGCAAUGGCUGAUUAUAUCUUCUAUAGGUUCUUCAAUGUUGAAAACUGUACCCUUUCUGAUCAGUUGCCUGAUAAAAUUGCAGGGUUGGAAGUUAAGGUUCUGCUGAAUCCAAAAGAUGAGUUAGUCAUAUCCAGUCCUAACACAGUUAAUGUUCCACUGAAUCCAAAUGCUGAUGAUGGUCUGGCUGCUACAGCCCCCCCUCCCCAUUCAGCAGUUAAAGAGGAGAAUGAAAGUCCAGAUGCUGCAGUUCCUCUUUCCCAGCCAGCAGCUAAGGAGGUGGAUGCAAAGUUGCCUGCCGCGGUUCCCCUUUCCCAAUCAGUGGUCAAUAAGGACCAGAAACCAGUUGCUGCCAUUCCUAUUUCCGAGUCUGUGAUCAAGAAAGAGGAUAAGAAAUCAGUCGCUGCCAUUUCCCUUUCCCAAUCAGCAGUCAAGGAGGAAGAGAAAUCAGUCGCUGCCAUUUCCCUUUCCCAAUCAGCAGUCAAGGAGGAAGAGAAACCAGUUGCUUCGACCCCCCAUCCACGGUCAGCAGUUGUGGAGAACAAUGCCAAACAUACACAAUCACAGAAUGUUCACAAUGGCGAGAGGCCGCCAAAAAAGUUGAAAUUAUCCCAAGAAGCUACAUUGAAGAACAUGACCCCAGCUGUUACUGAGACCAGACCUUUUGAGCUACCAUCAAGACAAGCUGACAGAAGCAAAUGGUUUAAAUUUUCAUGGGAUGACAAAGUAAGGAGGGCUGAUGAGCAGGGGACACUUGUAUAUAUUCAAAAUCUUGAUAUUCACUUUGCAGCUGCUGACAUAGAGGAGCUGAUUGUUAAGGCAUUACAGCUAAGUUGUACUGCGAAGCCCAUUAACCACCCGACCUAUGAUGAUCCAAACAAUGGAAAAGCAUAUGCUAUCUUCAAAACUAAAAAUGCUGCUGAUGUUGCUAUUUCAAAAAUCAAUUCAGGCUUGGUUGUUGGUGGAAGACCUCUUUACUGCAGCAAAGGGUUACUUAAGGUUCCAAAAUCUUCAGGAACUUUUGUUGGGCACUUAAACUUAUAUAAUAUUAAAAUUGGUCAAAAGCAGCGAGAAGAGCAGAAGAAGGCUGUAUCGACCUCACAUUGUUCUCAGCCGAACACAAUCGAGUAUGACUUGGCCUUGGACUGGAUGCUUCUUCGAGCAAAGCAAGAGAAAAAAUUCGAAAUACUUCACAAGCGGCAUAAAGAUGACAGGAAAGGGUUUGCUAGUAUUGGCAGCAAGGGCUCAAAGGCAGGAAAGUAGCUGGCUGGUUCUUGUGCUAUACGAGAUGGACCUCUCAAUUAUCACCUUCCAGAGCUUGGUGGUCACUCCCAGAUGCACUUUAUGAUCAGCAAGUUUCUUCUCUCUGGAAGAGGAUUGUGCACAGAGGUUUUCGAUUUAGUCAAUGCAUUCAUUGAGGGGACUAACUGCACCGAACCGUGACUGCUGAUGUUAAUUCAUGUUAGGAAAGGAAAAGAGAAAAAGUUGCAAGGUAGCUUUAGAACUCAGAGUAGCUAGGCAGAAGUAGCCAUUGCAGAAAAUUUGGUGGCUUUAGGUUGUUUUAGGCUAACAUAUGGUUACCAGUUAAGUAUGCCAGCGUAUCAAUGAUGCGCAUCACUUGCUGCGCCUUGGGUAGCAAUUCAUGGAAUGUGUAUAUACUCCCGAGUCCAUGGCUUGUUUAUCCCAUCCAGGGGGGCUUGGUUGCAAGGCACCGGCACUGGUUUAUGAACCCUCUGUUCCGCUACAAGAUAUAUUCGUUGAUGAAAUUGGAAGGCCUUUAUGGUGGAAGGCAUAGGGUGGUCUACCUUUAGAUGUUGGAAACCAAAAUUCAAAGAAGUUUAUUGAGCUAAAUGUGGCGAUAUGACAUUUAACCAUUACCAA